CUCUUUUUAAGACGACGCGCGAUUGUAAUUUGUUAAUAUUAUUUAGUCUUUAGUCCUGUGAUUUUAAUAAUGUCUAAGUUUCUGGACAUGCUAUCGGGGAGUCAGUGCGUCAGCCUGGAAAAGUGUGGCGAUGUGGUGGUCUCGACCAACGACUGUAUGAUUGCACUUUAUUGCCAUUUCUGCCGGGACCUCUUCACACAACUGCCAGAGUUCUUGAGACACCUCCAAAGCAACCAUUCGGAUGUGCUGCACUUCACCAAGGAGCACAACGUGUACAGCGUGGAGGAGCUGUUGUCCGGUGAGCAGGAUAAAGCCCACGAGGACGCUCAGUCGGCGGGGCACAACAGCAGCAGCGGUGACUCUAGGUCACUGAUGAAUUCAGAGGAUUCUAGGGCCAUCGACGGCUCAGAGGAAAACUCAGACAAUAGCCCAGUAAAACCUGAACAAAUAGGGAAACAUAAUGAAAUAAACCUGCUAGCGGAAGUGACAAACAUUUUAUUGCAAACCAACGACAAGGAACGCAUUAAUGAUGAAUUAAAACCCGAAAGUGGCGUAUUCAAGGGAGUCCGCAAAAAGGCUAAUAACGAGAGCAGUUCUUUGAAGAUAUGCGAUCUGAAGAGUCACACUAUUGCAAGGACUUCGCGAAAGCGAAUGAGCUCGGUAAAGAACCACAUCCUUCGAGUUCUUGAUCGCGAUUUGUUUGCAAAGCUUGAAAUGAAACCUUUAGAACCCAACUCCAAACUUCCUAUAACUGAGCCUAUCCAAGAAGACAACAUACCUGGAACAUGUUUUCAAACUCCUCCAAAGCCCAUACCGAGCUUAUCUCAAUUAAGUGUACGAAAGUCUUCAUUAACAGAGGCAAACCAUAUAUGUACCAAAUAUGCCACGAAGAAAACGGCGCCUACCAUGCCUAAGCUACUGAACAAUGUACCAAAGUCCAUAUUAACUAGUCAACAAGCUCAGGUUAAUUCCGAUUCAAGUGAGAUAAACGAAACUUAUCAUAUCUCUGAAACAGCUAGUCAAGUGACAAAAACAACGAAAUCAUUUCCUGUACAAAUAAACCAAAUAGAAAUUUUACAACCACUUAAGUUACCUAAAACUUUAAUAACACCAAUCAAUGAAGAGGUUGUCAGUGACCAAGUGGAGAAUAGCACAAAGAAUAUAAACAAUGCCCAAAGUCUGCUGAAAGAAAACCCAAAAAGGUUUUUUAAAAAGCCUAGCGAAUUAGGAAUAAAAACUCAAGGCGGUCCCAACAAAUUUUUAAAUAUAAUAAAGUCCAAGGCAAACCCCAUUAUUGUAAAACGGGUGCAGACCACCAGUGCCAAAGCUAGUACAAACAAAAUCCAAAUACGAUCUAAUGACAAAACUAAAGGUUUUGCUUCUGAGUUUAACAGCACAAAGAUCCGCAAGCUAAAGAUGGAAAAUUGCGUCGACCUAAAAACGGAGGAUCCCUGCGACAAUACAAAUAUGCGUUUAAACAAAAUGGCAACAAUAGGCAGUUGCGAAAUAUUAAAAGCCGUUGGAUUGCCGGCAAUCACAGAUAACACGAUCGAGGCAAUAAUGUUAUUGCCAGACGAGUUAGAAACGAUGCGAAAAAAGGCAGAUCAAUUUACCAAAAUCUACAGGAAGUACGAUUCUAUUUGGAAUUAUAGAAAAAUUUUUCCGCCAGCGAAACCGGACUUUAUUUCUCAGAAGAUAUUUGCUUUAACCAGAGAAGUUAACAAGACAAUGUUAUGCAACGUGGCUAACAGCGAUAUAAAAGGCAUUAUUAAUCAGAUUUCAGUUUGGCACUACAAUAUAUAUACCCAAUAUAUUGACUUGGAUACCAUUUCGGAAUUUGCCCGAUAUACUUUAAAGCUAUUCUCGUUUUUACCUGUUAGUUUUGCCUACUUUUGCAAAUGUUGCGACGAUAUUUUCAUCUUAAAGAAAGAGUACUUAAAGCAUUUGAUUUCUCACCAAGUUCGGUUUCAGUGCACAAAAUGCAUUAAAGUAUUCAAGUACAAGGGAUACUAUGAGAAGCAUUUGCGAAACGCUCAUCCUUAAGCCACAAUGUGUCAUUUAGUCAUUCAUUCAUUUAAUAAAAAGAAUUCCGAAAAGCUAAUGCAAACCAAAUUGUCAAAAAAUGUUAUAUUUUGAU